AUGAAGAUUUUGUUGAAUGGCGGUCUAUCUGAUGGGAAUUCCAGAAAGCGGACUUUGGAAAACGGCUAUUCUUCGUCUUCUAUUGUUUCGGAGUUCAAGUAUAAGCCCCGGAAGGUUUCGUGUGUUCGUGAUUAUCCUCCGGGGUGUGGGCCAAAUGCUCCACCGAUUCACUUGAGGCAAAAGGAAAAUGUGGUGGAUGAUGAAAGGAGAACUGAAGUUGUAGUGGAUUGUGUUGGAACAGCUGAGGUUCGGGUUGAAUUCCAGUCUCAUGAAGUGCUGAAAAUUCGAAUUCGGCGAGAAAUGGCUGAAUCAUCGGGUGGUUUGGUGGGGAAGGCGGUGGACAUGUCCGGGAUGGUCAGUGAGGAUGAAAACAUUUCAACAAAAAAUUAUCCUGAAAGAAGAGUUUCGGUUACCCGUGAUUACCCUCCAUUUUGUGGAAGGAAUGCUCCAUGCCCAACUGAGGAAGAGCGGCAGAGGGUUAUAUUGAGAAACAAGAGUGUUGGUGGCACAGAGAGGGCUGGUGCAAAAGGCGGGUCAAUGAGGGAGACAGUGGUGGCUGCGAGGGCUAGUACGGUGGUAGAAUCAAAAAGGAAUGUUGGAGAUGGGAAUGCUCAGACGAAUGAAUCCAGAGGAACUGUGCCCGAGCCAAGAAACAAGUCCCAGACAGUAAUUAUAAAGGAUUCCGAGGAUGCAAGAGAUUCAUUGGGGAAAAUGCCGAAGGAGAUAAUGGUUCACUCACACUCAUGUGGGGUGGACAGGAUGAGAGGGCAAGGUCUCAUGGCUUCACCAUAUGGUCAGCGGAAGCAGAGGAAAAGGGCUUCAAAAACUAUCCCAGAUGGAAAAAUAAAAUUAAAGAAGCAGGAUUUCACCCGGCAAGAGAAGUCAAUGUCUGCUGGGAAGGCAGCUUUUAGAGGCAUAGGUGCACCACCUGUCUGGGAUGAGGAAGAUUCUGUUCUUCAUGAUGAUGUGCAGCGUAACCAUUCUCACCAAUUUCGACGACUGAAUGAAUUUGAUGCACGUCUGCCCCACUGUUAUGGUCCAAAUAGUUCAAAUCAUGGGGAUGCCCGAUACAAAGUGAGGGAAAUGCUACGUUUGUUCCAAACUACUUGUUGGAAUGUCUUACAAAGGGAAGAAGCAAAGUUGAGGCAGAGCAAAAGGAUUGAUCUUGAAGCGAUAAAGAUUUUAAAGGAAAAACAAAAAGGAUUUAACACUGGUAAACAAAUACUAGGAGCAGUUCCAGGAGUUAGGGUAGGCGACGAGUUCCAGUACAGGGUGGAGCUAGUUCUUAUCGGCAUGCAUAGACGGUACCAGGAUGGUAUAGAUUACAUGACAUAUGGUGGACAGAUCAUUGCAACUAGUAUUGUUGCUUCAGGGGGUUAUGAUGAUGAUCUAGACAAUGCUGAUGUCUUGAUAUACUCUGGACAAGGAGGAAAACCAGUAGGCCGCGAUAAGCUACCGGAAGACCAGAAACUUGUAAAAGGAAACUUGGCUUUGAAGAACAGUAUAUCGGUGAAGAAUCCCGUGAGAGUGAUCCGUGGAUCGAGAGAGACAAAGGCCUCUUCCUCAUCAGAUGCAAGAGCUAAGAUGGUUAUGACAUACACUUAUGAUGGCCUGUACAAUGUAAAGAGGUACUGGCAGGAACCAGGACCGCAUGGUAAGCUGGUUUAUAAGUUCAAGUUGACAAGAAUUCCAGGCCAACCAGGCAACCAGAGGUUGCUUGGAAGGAAGUGA